GACCGUUGCUAGAAGGAACAAGGAAGUCAACAGAAACGUGAAAUCUGGAGUCGUUAGCGGACUGAAUACACUAGACCUGUUGACAGAUUUCAGCUCAAACUGAGUAUGACGGACUCCUCGCUCCUCAGCUCUGAGCUGGAGUUGCAGCAGCAGGAGGAACUUUACCAGCAGCUGCUGUUACAGACGAUGGGAAAGCUCCAGACUGAAACUACAAACUCAAAACUAAUCAGACCUCAGCCCGGCAUGUGUGUGAAGACUUUGUCUGUGCCAAACAAGGAGAAAAUCUUCAUCAACAUCUGUCAGUCAGACUCUGUCCCGCCCCCGCCAGACCUCUCCAGGGACGAUCUCGUGCAGCUGCUUCAGUCAGAGGAUCCUAGUGGCUACAGAGUUCCCAUGAGCCUCGGCGAGCCUCAUACGGAAGUAGACAACAACUCUCUGGGCUGCACAGCUUACGAUGUCGUCGUCAACCAGGAAUUUUUCCGGAAGUGUCAGAAAGAUCCGUUAUUCCAGCAAUUUGUUAUUCUGGUUUCGGUGGAGGGUUUAGAGAACAAAUACAGUCUGGAGCUCAGCAGAGACUGGAAGGUGCUGAGGAACCGGAAGUUCUUGGGUUCUGUCAGCGAGCAGAACAUCCGGACGAAGAGCAGGCCUGUGAUUCAGGAGCUGCAGCCUCAGGAGGCCUCCACAGCUGCUGCUAGAAGACCAGAGUUCCAGCUGCUUGUGGAGCCUCCCGGUGGAGAGCCGGAGUACCUCAUCGCAGAGAUAAAGCUUCCUGGCGUGACUUCGUCUCGGUCUCUGGUUCUGGAUGUCGGGGAGGACAGGCUGGUCCUCACAGCUCGACCCUCUCUCUUCCAUCUUGACAUCUUCCACCCGUUUCUCGUCCACCAGGAGAAGAGCGUGGCCCAGUUCAACAUUAGCACGCAGAUCCUGACUAUCACCAUGCCCGUGGUUUCUUCGUGAAACUUAAGUUAUUUUUCUCAAUAGAUGCUCUGAUAAUAGAAGUUUUUUGUUUGUUUUCAUUAAAUAAAGUCACAUUAAUGAUGAACUACUCAAUGCUUGUUCAAAGAAGAUGCAGGUUAAACUAUUGUUUUUAUUUUUGGAAUAAAGUGAAAAAAUCCA